UUGCUUUUCUUCUAUUUCGUGCUGUUCGUCUUCGUUGCUUCUGAGGUAGAGCUCUGGACGAGUCUCUUCUUCGGCUUCUUCGACGACGUUCCCUUCCUGUCUGGAUCGGAGGGCUCGACAUUUUAAUAGGGAACAACAACGGGAGCUCGCUUGCUGUGAAGGAUUUACUAAAUCCGGAAUUUACGGUGCAAAAGGGGAGACGGAGGAUUUGUUCCUCCGUGAGAUUUAGCGGGCGCUCAAAAUCCGAUUGGCAGGAUUUGGCAUAAAUCCUGCUCAAAAUCAGCAUAAAUCCUUUGAAAUCCUGCAUCCAAACUGCCCUUAAAGGCUCAUGUACCUGAAAUUUAGCUCAAGGAAGUGGCAUGCGAUAGUCUGUCCAAUAACAGCCAAGUUCUGCAAGGAGUUUGCCACAACGCUCGAGCCAUCACAUGGGAAGCCGGCGUUCCCAAGUUCCCACGACACAACAGUCUUCUCCAACUAUUUUUCCAGAAAGUAGAGAGAAAGUUAAAGGUUUGAGGUCUAGCGGGUCUGAUAUUGUCAAAGAUGAUCCAGAAAAGGCCAAGUCCCACGAGCAUAGAAUUGAUAUUGGAGAUGAACAAUCUGACUUGUUAGAAUUUGAAGUUUUCUCUGGAAAGCUAGCUCAUGAUAAAAAAUACAGAACUGUUCAUAAUGAGAAAAUAGUGUUGGAAGCUGCAGCUGCAGCUAGUGUCGAAGCAAAACUUACAAGAAAGGCCUUGACUUGGGGCUCUCAUAUGCUUGGUCUUGAGGAUGUUAUAUCUGUAUCAUAUACUGCUGGUGUGCGUUAUUUUACAGUGCAUUCAUACCCGUUCAUAAAGCGGAGAAAUGGGCUUUCUUGUUUGUUGAAGCCAAAAAGAAGUAGGAGGGACUUCCGUUUCUGUUCUUCUACUUCGGAAGAAGCCGUCCUGUGGGUUAAAGCCUUUGCAGAUCAACAUUGUUUCGUAAAUUGCUUGCCUCAUCCUAUGGUUUCUAAGAAGGAAUCUACCGCUGAGAUUGAUGACUGUGAACCUCUGUAUGCUGAGCCUAGCAUCAAAUGCAGAAUUCCACCAAAAGUGCUCAUUAUAUUAAAUCCUCGCUCUGGACGUGGUAGAUCGAGUAAAGUCUUCCAUGGCAAAGCGGAACCAAUUUUUCAGCUUGCAGGUUUUGAAAUGGACGUGGUUAAAACAACAUCAGCUGGUCAUGCAAGAAAACUUGCCACCAAUGUUGAUUUCAGUUCUUGCCCUGAUGGAAUUAUAUGUGUUGGCGGUGAUGGGAUUGUGAAUGAGGUUCUUAAUGGUUUGUUAAGUAGAGCUGAUCAGAAAGAAGCCAUUUCAAUCCCAAUUGGCAUCAUCCCUGCUGGAUCUGACAACUCACUCAUUUGGACUGUUCUUGGAAUCAGAGAUCCGAUUUCAGCAGCACUAGCUAUUGUCAAGGGGGGGCUUACAGCUAUGGACGUUCUUGCCGUUGAAUGGAUCCAGACCGGACUUAUUCACUUUGGCACAACUGUCUCAUAUUUUGGCUUUCUUAGUGAUGUUUUGGAGCUCUCUGAGAAAUAUCAGAAGCAUUGCGGUCCUCUCCGUUAUUUUGCGGCUGGCUUUUUGAAAUUUCUGUGCUUACCCAAAUAUAACUUUGAGCUGGAAUAUCUUCCUACCUCCAAGGUGCUUCUUGAGGCUCAGGGGAAGGCUUUAGAUGAUCAAGAUAAAGUUGAAUUGUCUGAUCUUUAUACAGAUAUCAUGCGGAAAUCAAGCAAAGAAGGAAUCCCCAGGGCUUCCAGUUUAUCAAGCAUUGAUUCUGGCAUGUCCCCAAGUAAAGCAUCAGGUGUGGACUUAGAGGCAACAGUUAGCAUACAUGCAAGCAUUGAGCCAUCUGAAUAUGUUAGGGGUUUAGAUCCCAAAAUAAAACGACUAUCAAUAGGGAGAAACAAUCUGGCAGAAGAACCAGAUGAAGUCCUUCACCCCCAACAUCAUCUUUCGACUACUCCUAAUUGGCCGAGGACGAGGUCCAAGUCAAGGACUGAUAAAGGCUGGAGUGGUUUAGCAGCUGCAAAUACUUCAAGGUUUUCUUGGGCGCCUACAGCAUUGUAUGAUAAAGAAGACAUUUCAUCAACUGUUUCAGACCCCGGACCGGUUUGGGACUCCGAACCGAAGUGGGACUCUGAGCCAAAGUGGGAUGGUGAGCCUUACUGGGAAGCUGAUAAUCCCUUUCAGCUUCCAGAUCAAUCUCAGAAUGUCGAAAUGCCAUUGGAGGAACCUGUUCCUAAGGUAGAAGUGAAGUGGGAAGUUAAGAAAGGGCAGUUUCUUUCUAUUUUGGUAUGCAACCAUUCAUGUAAAACUGUCCAAAGUUUAAGUUCUCAGGUUGUAGCACCCAAAGCUCAGCAUGAUGAUAACAGUUUGGACUUGCUUUUGAUUCAUGGUAAUGGGAGAUUAAGGUUAAUGAGGUUCUUUUUGAGCUUACAAUUUGGUCGGCAUCUUUCUCUACCAUUUGUGGAAUAUGUGAAGGUUAAGUCUGUGAAGAUUAGACCAGGAAAGAAAUCUCAUGCUGCUUGUGGCAUUGAUGGUGAACUUCUCCCUGUAAAUGGGCAGGUCUUAUGUUCUUUGCUUCCAGAACAGUGCAGGCUCAUCGGCAACCCUUCCAGGUUUCAUAUAUAAGUUUUGCUCGCUCAAUUGUUUUGGCCAUUAGUAUUCUAACAACUAUGAGAUUUUGAGAUCUGACAGUGGAUGAUAUUAAGGGAAAUCUAUCUAAAGCCUUUUUUCUUUGGCCAGCACUUGUUGAUAUGAAUACUCCUUUUGUAAAUUGAUUUGCUUAUUGGUGCUCAAUUGUUCAUUUUGUGGCUCUUUUUGUUGGCUGUAAAAUUGAUACCUGGUAAAACUGAAUGAUGGUAAAGCUACCUAUUCAAUUUUUGAUUUUUUUUAUAGAAUAUAGAUGCAUUUACUUCAA